UUUUUCCACCGAAAAUCUUCCUCUUUUUUAUUAAAAUUAAACAAUUCAAAAUCAGUGGUGGGAUUUUAUAAACAAAAACCCUUUACCCUCGUCGCUUCACUACACCCCCUUUCAUCGCCGUUUUCAUCAAGACAGAGAGCUUCUUCUUCCUUUUCAGGGUAUGAAAAUGGGACCAUGUUGAAUAUCAUAGAAGAUCACAUGAAGCUAUAAACAAGAAACAAAGAAAAUAAUGGGAGGUUGCUGCUCUUCAUCUCGAAAAUUUCAGCUCCACGGAACCCCCGUGUACUAUUAUUGUCCACCGGCUUUGGAGGAACACGAAUCCUCGACACCCCACGAUAGCGGUUUCCCGCCACGAUUAUUGAUCGAUGUAAACCUUGAUACGUCGAUUCCUGACACUUUCCGAUCUCCCCCGAGACCGAUCCCAUUUGAUGUCGUUUUAGGAAUUUCACAAUCGACAAACGCCAGCCCCGAUGGGCAAGCGUUCGGUGAUCUUGAUUAUCAAAAACCGACUCGCGUUGACCUAAAGGAAUUAGAUCGUGAAAUCGAGCGUGACACCCCGUUCAUCAAGUCCCCGAAGAAAGUCGAGGUUGGACUUCAAGAAUCCAAAUGUGUUGAUGAUUCAACAAUGGAGGAAGAGGAAGUUUGUCCCACUUGUUUUGAAGAAUACGAUGCGGAGAACCCUAGAAUCGUAACGAAAUGUAACCAUCGGUUUCACCUUUCGUGCAUUCUCGAGUGGAUGGAAAGAAGCGACACUUGCCCGAUAUGCAGUCAGGAAAUGGAUUUCGAAGCUCGAUAACACUCUCAUUCAAAAAGAAAUUGAGAUCGAUCACGAGGGCCACGAAGAUUUGUCCUUGGUGUCUUCUUAUUGCGUUUGCCCAUUAAUAGAGAUUAAGGCGAACAUUUAAUUCUAGCCUCUGUGUUACAGAGGCUAAAAGUAAACGUCUGUUUUAAUCUCUAUCAGAAUCUUGUAGACUGGCUGUAUAAAUUAAUUAAUACAUGUUAUUGCCUCGGGAUAUCAUUGUUGGUUCAGUGAAAACUAAUUACCGACACGUUGGUGGUCUCGUGUAUGUAGAAUUGAACGGAAAUGAUGUAUAAAGGUGUAUCGUCAUUGGAUUGUCUUGAA